AUGGCAAUGGCGGCACAGGCGCUGCUGCUGGGGCUCCUGCUCCUCCCGUGCUGCUCUGGCAUCUCGCAAGUGCGCUCCCAGUGGCAGGACCAGUUUGGACUCCAAGCGCACACGCACCCGACAGCGGACUGCGAGGACGCGUCCCCGGGCGACUCGUGCCACAGCGCUGUCACCUGGGCCUUGUCGGUGGGCGUCGCGACGCACCCAGAGUGGUACCCGAACUUCCAGCUCUCGACGGGCCUGGGGCACAUCUCGCAGGAGCUGAACUUCAAGCAGAUCCAGGAGAUCCUCCACAACCGCAGCAAGGCGGGCUGCGGCAAGCCCUGCCCGCGGGGCGUCUUCCGCUACCACAGCGCCACGACGGCGGCGCCCCCGCCCCCCGCGCCCCCGGCGGCGCCGGCCCUGGAGGCCGCCGCGGAGGGCGCCGACGGGGCGCUGCAGCCCGAGGCCCCGCGGGAGGCGAGCGGCACGGCGCCGCAGGCCGAGGCGCAGCCGCCGGAGAGCGGCAGGGUGCCCCUUGUCCCUGUGAAGAGGGAGGUCCAGGACAUGGACGAGAAGGAGCUCGGGCAGUACCUGAACAACACGUGGGAUGGCAUUCACUGGAUGCCCUCGACGACGGUCGCCCCCGUCGGCGAGCAGCAGGGCUCGGCUGCCGACCCGGCUCAGGAGAAGCCAGCGGCAUCCCUUGCCGAGGAACCGGCAGCAGCAUCUCUCGAGGAGCCGCAGACGUCUGACUCCGCGCAGAAUAGAAGUGAGGUUUCCGAGGAAGUGGAUAGCUCUGGCGCAGUUCAGAGCGCAAGUACGGGCGCGAUGCCCGAAGAGGUUCAGAUUGCUCACGCAGCAGAGACUGCAAAUGCGAGUGCGAUCUCCGAGGAGGUGGAGACUUCUGACGCAGCACAGCGCCUUACCGCCGUUCCGCACCAGGAGGCGCAGGCCGUUGUCGCGGCGGAAAAUGCGAGUGGUCCUGCUGAUGAGGCGCAGGCCGCAGUCGCCGCCCCCGGCGAGGACUCGCAGAUGGUUGACUCCGCACAGGGCGCGCUUGCCGCUGCCCCCGCCGCCGAUCUGGAGAACACCACCGAUCCAGCCGAGGAGGCGCAGAGCGGGGGCGGCGCGGCGGGUGACACACGGGAAGCGCAGCUCGAUGACACGGAUGACGUCGGGUCCGAGCCGCUGCCGUCUGUGGACCAGUCGGGAGCGGAAGAGGCCUCCGGGCCCGCCCAGGCCGGACCUGGUGCGGAGUCCGCCGCCGAGAACGCCACGGUCGCGGAGCCCACCGCGGCGGAGCCGGCCACGACUGCCGCCGCUGCUGAGGAGGCGACCGAGGCGGCCGCCGCGGACCUCGCCGCGGUGGCACCGGCUGCCGCGGUGCCCACUGCGGCGGAGCCAGGCAGAGUAGAGGCCGCCGACGAGGGUCCGGCAAGGCCAGCCGCCUCGGAGCCCACCUCGAUGGAGACGGCGGCAGCAGGGCCCGCUGCCGAGAACGUCGCGGAAGCAGCUGCCGCGGAGCCCACCGAGGCGGACUCGGCUCAGGCCCGCGAGGGCCCGCCGCUUCCCCUCCCAGCUGCUGCCGAAGGUGCCACGGGGCCAGGCGCCGUGGAGCCCGCCGCCACGGCAGAGCCGGCCAGCCCACGGAUGGCAGAGCUGCGGACGUCCGAGGAGGCGGCGGGCUUGGAGGCCAAAGUCAGGGAGAGGAUCAUCAGGGAGAAGGUCAUGCGCGAGAUGAGCGAGCAAGCCGCCGCGGUGGUCAGGCCUGGGCUGGCUGCACCGGUUGCCGUCGGGGAGGUGCCAGCAGUGCGAGCGGCAGAGCAGAAGGCCGAGAUGGAAGCCAUGAUCAGGGAGAAGGUAAUGCAGGAUCUUGCAGCGAAGAUGCAGGUGGCCCCAGAUGCCCUGGUCGCGACCACGACCGCGCCUGCGGCGCUGUCACGGUCUGCGGUCGAGGCUGCAAUCAGGGAGAAAGUCAUGCACGACCUCGGCGAGAGGAUGCAGGUGACCACGGUUUCUCCGGUCGCGAACGAUAUGACAUCCAUGCAGGAGGAGCUCAAGAAGCAGAAGCAGGAGGCUGAGAUCAAGGCGGCCCUGAAGAGACAGCUGCAGCACCAGGCCAUGGCCGCCGCCACCGCCAAGAGGGCCGAGACCAUGGAGGAGAUGGCCGCGAGGCUCAAGGCCGAGGCGCUGCAGGAGCUGGAGAAGGAGAGGCAGGAGGCCGAGAUCAAGGAGGCCAUGAAGCGGCAGCUGAGGGCCCAGGCCCUGGCCGGGGCGAGCUGA